UACCGCAACAGUCCAACGAGAUGGCGCCAGUGCGGCCUCUUCCUCUGCCACCAUCACCAGUCAACUUUGCGCUGGAGACUGACCAAUCCAGCAAUCGUGAAGGCUUCUGCCUUCGCUCAGAUCAGGCCAAACAAAAACCGAAGUCCUCCCAGAGAAAUCUACGCAGAAGACGUGGAGGCCGCAAGAAGAAGAUGAAGGCUCCAGACACUAUGUCGAGUGACGACGAGUUGGAUCUUUUCGCCUUAUUGGAGUACCCUUUGGCCGGAUGCCGCGGCGACCAGUUCAGAGGUCUCUACGCGACGACCGAUAUCAAGAAGGGCACGCGUGUCAUCGACGAAGUCCCUCUCUUUACAUUGCCUGAGCCUGGCGACGUCAUGGAGCACGUUCUGGAUGCAUUUUUCGGACUCUCUGACGAACAGAAAGACAUGUUCAUGGAGUUGCCACCGGGAUGGCCUCCAAUGCUGGUCAACAUGGUCCACUUCAUCGAUCCCCAACUAAAGGUCAUGGAAGAUCUUAUCGCCAAAGGUGAUGAAAUUUCAGAAUACGAGGAGGAGAUACUGAUACGAUUGGGCAACACCGUGGAGCCUUUGAUGAUAGAAUGGCGUAUCGGAGCUCGAUACUUCACUCAUCGUUUCUCUCUUGUCCACAACUCCAUCGAUCCUACGAUUGACGAGCCGGGAGAUGACCAGGUAACCGGCAUCUUCCCCACCGCGGCGCGCCUCCGCCAUUCUUGCAUCCCCAACUGCAACGGCUUUUACGACACGAAGACCAAGCGCUUCAGGGUCCAAGCCGUGCGGGACAUCGCCGCCCACGAGGAGCUCUGCAUGAGCGUGCUUGGCAGUCAGAUCUGGUAUCACAACGCAGAUGCUCGUGCCGACCUGCUCAGGCAGUAUUGCGACCAAUGCAAUUGUAUUGCCUGCGACCCUGCCCACCUCCACCGCACUUCCCAGGACGUCACGCGCUCGGACAUACACAACCGCGUCCUCCCCAUCCAGGAUUUCCUCCAGAGCCUCCACAGUACCUCGGGUUACAAGUUCUAUAACUUCGCGGAGGCAGAAGCAUCAAUCCUGGAGCUUAUCCGCUUGCUCAAGGUCGCCGGAUGCGCUGACGCGGAGCUGAUCAGAUGGCGUCUAGCUCUCAUCCUCGAGAUCUAUCCGUGCAUGAAGGGAAAGUGGAUUCAGUGUUUGGCUCAGGCGCAGCAGGCUCUUGAGACUGCGGUUGCUUGCCUCGGCGCGGAUCAUCACUACGUUUCCUUUCUCGAAUCGAAGAUCGUCUACAUCAAGCAGCGCGCGAAAUUCGAUAGACAGCGCAGACGUUAG